AGCUGUCUGACUUCGUCGGUUCGGUGUUAUGCUGUUUUCUCUGAGACCAUCUUGCUUUACAGACCCCCAGCCGUUGCUGCUCGGAAGGAGAUACCUAACUAACAAAGCCAAAGCCCGUUUACGAAGUGUAUGGCUCGUUCGCAUUGAUGGAGUCUUAGGGAAGAAACCUUACACCCGCAUGCGGACGCUCGGGAGGGAGACCGGCGUCAAAGGCUAUUUAAAAGGCGGUUCCCCUGCUGUUGUCAUUUUCGAGGGCAGGUACAGAGAAUGUAACGCCUUCCACAACGUAGCUAUAUCCGUUCUCAGACUCAUCAAACGGUGGAAGGUUCUUGAUAAAAUGCUGCUCGACCCAGCAGCUCCUCCCUUGUUACUAGGCGCAGACGCGAAGCCAGGCUUUGAGGUCGUCGAAAGCAUGGACGAAUUGAUCGAUGCCAUGGACAAGGUCGGUAAAAAGAGAUGGCUCGUAAAUCACUUGGCGCGUGGAGCCAGACAGGAGAUUCAAGCGAAAGCCGAAACGAAUGUGCUUGACCCGGACGCGGCGAAAUCAAUGAUGGAAUCACAGACAGAACCGGGCACCCAAACGUCGCCGGAGUUGAAAACAGACCGUGUCGCGCCCACAAAACGCGCAGAGAGUGGAGAAAGACAUGCUCGGAUAAUAGGCUCCCCAUGAUAACGAGGGCGCGAAGUCUCAUCAUCCAAUGUCUAGACGACCUACUUCGGUCUGGUGUCUCAUCCCAGAUUAGACAACUAUCGUACAACCCUCAUACAGACGGGGCAUACCUUUUUGUAUCUAAUCACGGCUGUGUCUGCAUAGAAGAGCCGACCUAAAAGAUGACCUCGCGUGUCUGACUUACCGAUAUCAUAGCAUCUCAAUAC